AUGUCUUGUUGUAUUCAAUCUCACCCAUAUGGCCCCGGUGUAGAGCUUGAUGAAAACGCAGAUAUCAAAGUCCCACAAAUCGAUCAAACCGCUCACCGCGAAUCUUUGACCUUGAACGUCUCUUCCACUCAACCUUUCUUCAUCGACUCAAACAUUGAUCCUGCCCUUUUGGGAGGACCUGGUGUAGCUUCAUUCUUAGGCUACGCUCCAUCUGAACCCUUACAAAUCGGCGAGGGACCAUGUACUUCCGGAAGCUCCAAAGGCAAAUCCACUUUGGUCCACCAAACCCAAAAGGAACCUUGA